UUGCCUUGACGACAUCCAGGAACCGACGGGGAGAGGCGCCCGGGUCUCGACAGCUGGCGUACGGGAGAGUGCGCGCCCCGGAGGGAGGACGGGAGAGAGGGAUGUUAACACAGAGGAGACGGCUGUUCUCCGGAGAGCCGCGCACAACGGGAAUAUGACAGCGCGGGGCUUAAUGCGCGCCCGACUGUUAACGGAGCCAGAAUAACGGACCGACGCAGGGAGCGUAGCGAGGAAAUAUUUUAAGUCAACCCCCAAGUCGAUGAGCAUUGUGAGAGGGGAACCGUCGCCAGAGCUGCGCUCUCCUGAAAUAUGACCAGGGAUGUUUGGACGUGUCUGCAGCAAGAUGACGGCUUAAAAAUCUGCUUUGCGCCCCGAGACAACGAAAAGCCCUUUACCGAUUCGGAGAGGGCCCAGAGAUGGCGACUGUCCUUAGCCUCCCUCUUGUUUAUAACCGUUCUGCUCUCUGAUCAUUUGUGGUUCUGUGCCGAGGCUAAACUGACGAGGACUCGAGACAAGCGGCAGGACAAGUUGGCGUUCGUGGACACGGGAGAUUCCCCGGGCGCGGGACACACACCCCCGAGCCAGCCCUCCUGCAGCGGCAACGCCAGUGCGCAGAGUCUUAUUUUUAUAGAGAAUUCUACCAAACCUUCGUGGCGACCUGAAACUUGCCAUCCCGACAGCCUCUCCAAAACCUGCUUUACUGUCGCCGACGCGGAAGCCGCGUGCUCGGGCCUCGCUGACGCAGGGGGCGCGCGGUCGGCGGAGUGGAAUCUGAGCGACCUGUACCUUUCUUUUUGUAAUUCUUACUCUCUUUUGGAUCUGUUUCACGGGUUUUCCAGUCCGGACAAUUCGAGCUGCAACCUCGACAUGGCGAAAGGUGGUGAUACGGCAAGAUGCACGCGCUGCGUCCAGGCUUACCAACGUUUCGACAAGCGAGCUCAGGAGAAAUACCGGGAGUUUGAGCUUAUGGUUCAGAAAUAUGAAACGGAUGUAUACUCGGUGCGGACAUGCAUGGACGAAUGCACGACUGUCUACAAACACUGGCUGUGUUCCCAGUACUUCCAGAUCACACAGAUGCACUGCAGUAACAGGAUUCCAUGCGGGCAGUACUGCCUGGAGGUCCAACAGAGGUGCCCCUUCAUAUUGCCUGACAACGAUGAGCUCAUUUACGGUGGAAGCCCCAGUUUUAUAUGCACAGGGCUUCUGGAGGACGUCCCAUCCGAUGUGGAAGCAGAGUGCUGCGACGUCCGAUGGGAUGCCAAGGCGGACAACAGCUCUAGAGGCACGCUGAAAAGAACUCACCCGUCGUGCCAACACGCCACCUCGCUGAGCUCGGCGGCCGCCUCCAGACUGUGCAACAGCAGACUCAAACUCGGCCUGCUCGUGUUGGUCCUGCUACACACGGUCGCCACCAUCACGGCGUGCCACAACCUCACCACCCUCUCCCCCCUGGAGGAGAACUCGGCCAACGAGGAGUGACGAGUGCGGCCCGGCGGGUUUUAGCCGGCGGCUGCGCCCCCCCUCCAUGCCUGCAAGGAGUUGUGUUGUGUGGACGCGCAGUCGAGCAGGCAUACACACGUACACAGGCAGGGCCCACAGACACUCAAGAACGCUGGACUAACCCAACGUCACAUGUAGGGGAGGGGACGCCGCAGCCUUUGUUGGAAGAGGCCGGUCUAAGGCGGAGUUCCCUCGCACCGCAUUUUUUUUGUUUUUUUUUUUUUUUUUACACUGUGUCUAUGAUUUUGGAUUUCUGUUGCACUAGAUAACUAACAGGAUCUGUUCAUGUUCUCCUUUUCUUUUCACUAAUGGUCUCUGUGCAGCAAGGGAUUUGACAAACGAGUGCGUCGCGCGCGGAGUGCUGAGAGGGAAAUUCGAGAGCGCAUGCACGCGCACAUCUGCGUCCGCCCAUACGUUUCCCCUUUUGUGUUCAUUAUCGUAGUGCAUUCUGCUGAGAGCUGCUCUGUGCAUCCUAGGAUUAACUACGGAGUUUGAACAGGUCGGAGCGUUUUUGAGAUCUACCUAACGCAAAAUCCAAACGCGCAGCUUAGCCCGCGUGAUUUUGAUUCUCCCUUCGGUUCUCCCUCCCUAAAGCCGAGCGCGCGGUGCAGGCGCAGCAGGGCCGCAGCUCCCCCGGGUGGCAGGUAUGCGCGCGACACGCCGAGACGUCAUCGGCCGGGAGCUGGAGCGCUCGUGGUCGACGAUGCGAUGGUCAGACUGAAAUCUUGGGUAAAUCGGUCAGCGCGGGCGUUAGCUGAUUCCUCUUCUGUAUGUCCACUCAACCUGCACAAAAACAACAUUAAGUCCCCAAGUCUGUUUAAAUGCCCUUAGUAGAAUAUUUAUAUAGAUAUAUUCUCUACUCUGUAUCCUAUAACUGCAUGGUAUGUUCAGUGUUUAGACUACACAGCCUAAAUUCUAUGAAUAGAUCCAAAUGAUCUGAAGGCAACGCAUUUACAGUGCGAUGCAUUUGGAGCAGAGGUCUCAGCUGAAAUGACUCCAGGUUUUAUUUGGGACAACGGAUUUAGCCAGGAAAAAAAAACAGAUGACAGGAAAAGCACCCAAAAGACCCCACGACCCGCUGCUUUGUGCUGCUUUUCCCGAACAUCUCCUCUACCACAGUAAAGGGCUUCCCCACUGUUUACACAUUCACACACUUCUGCAGUGCUUGCUGAGAUUAAUAUUGCUUCAACAGAUUAGUUAUACUUUUUUUUUUAUUUUUUUUACCCAGGUUCAAGUGUGGACUAAGACAAAAAAAAAACAACAAAAAAAAACAAUAAAAACCAAACAAACUGAUUUGUUGCUGCAAAGAAGUGAUGAUCAACCACAGGAAGUUAAACGCUCUAUCCGGCAGGGCAAACCUGAGUGACCCAAAGAUAUGGGAGCUUUUCACCGUCAGAUUACGCAGAGGAGAUGCUAAGGGCUGAUUUUCUGUUUUAUUUAUCAUUUGUCUGUUUGCCCACAGGUAUGUUCUUACACAGCUCUUUCUACAUUCCCAGAGACACACUCGCGCGCGCACACACAAAAUGUCUCCCGUACGUGUGAAUGCUCACGUAUGUAUUCCAUGAUCAAGUCUUAAUCUCAGUCACAUUAUCUGACUUCAGUUGCAGACACAGCAAUUCUUGGACCAGCAGCAGGGACAGGCUCAACUCUUCUCAUUGUGCAAUAAGACCUCAUAAAACAUUUAAGUCACAAUAUGUCACUGAUUAACAUGACUUGUAUGCUUUUAUAGAUCUGUUUUCCGAGGUGAGGUGAGUGAGCUAUAGCUAGGACUGUUAGAUAAAGGCUAUUUAAUCACAGGUUUUGAUUACUCUCUGUGCUCUUGAGAAAAACAACGAUCUAUAAUAUUGUUGUUUUGCAGAAAUGUGCAGAAGCUGUGCAGAAGGCUAAAUGUGUGUAUGUGCAGAACUGCAUUAUGGGUACCGCUACCUUUUUGUAUGUCAACUAUUCCCACAAAUUGGCGUACAGACUCUUGUAUGCUUUGCCAGUGUUGAUACCUUUUUCUUCUUUCCCAAAAUAAGGACAAGAGAUCAAGAUCAAAUAUUUCAAAGAAAUUUAACUAGAAAAAAAACCCUACGUGGUAUAAGUACAAAUAUGACAAUGCACAGGUACAAUUUCUGUUCAGUUCAAAUUCAACAGAAAUUCAGUUUAGGUCAAACUGUAUUAAACAUAUUUAAGUAUUGAAAAUGUUUCCUCUAUCAUUGUUCAUCCUCUCGUUCUCAGUGGCUUGCUGUGAUGUAAGCUGUACGGAAUCUUACACACAGCAAGCCUCGCCUCCUGUUAAAACCUUGGCCAUUAAUUCAGUAGUUCUGUGUUGCUUUCCCAGAAUACGCUUGGACUGAUAAUCUAGUGUGUUAAACGUGAAAUGGAACUGAGAGCUGGAUUAAAAGCAGAGAGAUGUGAGCUGUAACCUGCUGGGAAUGUUAGGUCAGGAGGGAUUAUGAGGCUCUGAUGAUAAAUCAUUAUUGAGAAGACCACGGAGAGCAGCCCUCCAGAGGUCUUAUUAACCCACACAUAACGCUGGACUUUCUUCUGAGACCACCUGCUCUGGAGUGUCCUAGGCGGAAUUAGUCGCUCCAUUCAUCUGCCCAGACAUCCAGCACACACACACACACACACUCCUAUCCAAAAAUAAACAAAGAAACGGCUCCGGCGUCCCCAUCUGUGCUUGGCAGGGAAGAAGAGAAGGAAAGAGAACAGAGGAGAAAGGAAUCGAGACGACGAUAGCAAAAGAGAGGAAGUCACGGGAGAUGGAGAGAAGGGAGAGAGAAGAAGAACUCCCUGCUGAACAGCUGAGCGUGUGACGCGUUCAUUUGCGGAAACUCGGAGUUCGCCGUGUGUCGGGUUAACACUAACAAAAUCACAUUGGAAUAUUAGUUGCCCCUGCCCCCCGUAACCCUUUACACGCAUUGUGUAAACGAUGUUUUAAGUGUCAUGAUAUUUCAGAAACACAAGGUCUGCGUUGUUAUUGUAUAGACUCUACCUUUCAGUCCAGCUCACUGACUACCGGUGUUGAAUGAGACGACAUUUGCAUCCAGUGCCCACCCACUGAGUACGUGCUAUGUCAGCAUUACCGGUUCUGUGAAUCUUGUCAUUGCAACUACAGGUAGCUACUUUUGUUCUAUGUUUCCGUGUGUUUGCGUGAGCCCCAGUCACUCAGCUUCAGGUUGACCACCAGAACGAAUGGAACAGAUGCCUGAUAAUAUUGCUUAAUACCACCAAACUUACUAUUAAGGUGUAUUUUAUGCUUGCCUACAUACAGUAUAUGUUCAUUUUCAGCUGUUCACACCACUGUGUAAGUAGUCCCCCAUGCAUCUCCACUUAACAAGCAGAAAUUCUCUCUC